GCCAUGUUAAGACCUAAAUAUUUUUACCGUCCAGAAAUUCUGAUCGUACCGGGGUUACGUCAGCAAAAUUAUAUGGACCUCUUGAUAAUUGUGUUUCUAAUAGGCAUCCUCGGUAUCUGUGCAGCUGAGUCUAAAUGUGGGCCUGCUGAGUACAAGAAUAAAGACGACGAAUGUUGCCCAAUGUGUGGGAAAGGGUAUGUUGUACAUAGGGAUUGCACAGAGAUGUCAAGUACAACAUGCAUACCUUGUGUUGGAGACACAUACAUGGGUGAACCUAAUGGCUUAAAUAAAUGCUUUAAGUGCAAAACUUGUGACUUCAAUCAAGGUCUGAAUACACAACAAAAGUGCACAACAUUUGGUGAUGCGGUGUGUGCCGUACUUCCUGGAUAUUUCUGUGGGAGCAUACAAGAUAAUGAGUGCACGUUUGGAGUGAAACAUUCAUUGUGUUCUCCAGGCCAGGGUGUUAAGAUUCCAGGAACAGAACGUACAGAUACUGUGUGUGAGGACUGCAAAGAAGGCUAUUUUUCCAGAGAUGGAGCAAACUGCACAGAACAUACCAACUGUGCCGUUCUCGGUGAAGAGCUAGAGGAGAAAGGAAGUCCUACAAAAGACAACAAGUGUAGGAAGCCUCAGAGAAGAAGAGCUGGGCUGAUUGCAGUUAUAAUAAUACUUUUAGUUUUAGCUUUUCCACUUUUUCUACGGUGGCACCAACUUUAUCAUAUUUGUAAAGUUGCUAAAACAAGCGACACAACAGGGUCAGCAGCAUCUCAAAACUUACAAACGAAGGCUGUACAGGAAACAGAUCAAGACAAUCCAAGUCAAGACACGCCCAGCCUACCGUAAGAAAAGUGAUCUGAUGCUAAUGAUAGAGUAGAACAAGACUAUCCAUAAGUCUCCAUGGAUGAAAGUGAGUAGCAAGUCCAAUAAGCAUCUAAAUGGGCAGAUCUGUCUCACAUAAUGAUGAACUUGGUGAUGAACAACAAAGUCAGUUGAGUUUAUGGAUGGCAGAAUAAAGCCUGGAGCCACUUCUUCAUGAGGUGGAGGUGAGACCAUUUAGAAACUGCAUCAUACCAACUAAUAUCUAACAGACACUAAUCUGUGGCUUGUAUUGGCAUCAUCCAUCCAUCAUUGUCCCUUAACUCCGCCUGGUGAUGAAUUUGCUUGCCGGUCCCAAGCCCGGAGAAAGGAAGAGGGUGGGGCAGAUGAGCUGCAGGACAUCAGAUCAACAUUCUCUUGGAGUAAAGACUUGGAAAAGACAAUAUGAACAGAGCUGAAGACAUUAAACGUCAUUGAUCUCAUCACCCUGGCAAAAGUUGCAUCAUCAAAUGCAUUCCACUCUCCCAUACACCUGAUGCAAUGUUGUUUAGAACGCAUUGAAGAAAGAUAUAUGGACGGACAGACAAAGAGACCAAGGAGCUGAUGAAGCGGAUGAUUUGGAAUAGAGUUGCUUAAGUAGCUGUGUUCAUAGAGGCCUGCCUCUGCAUCUGUUUAGUUUUAAAAAUUAAAAUUGUUCGGUACUUGUUAUACCGUGCAUUUUCCACCAAACCUUAACAAUUAACAUUUGAAUGUGAACCCUUAUUUCCUAAGUCUAUUAAAGUUUUACUACUUUUUUUCUA